AAAGAAGGAAUGAAAAGAAAUCCUCUGCACUCGACAUAGACGAUGUGCACUAUUGCAGAUUGUUGUAAUUCUUUUGUCAUCGACGCCGUAUUUCGAAAUCUCUUCUAUUGAAGAUUAUAGGAAGAAAAUGCCGCCUUCUCUUCUAUUUAAAUAAAGGCCUCUAACUUUCUCAGAGAGAGAAGGAAAUGCCCAUCUUAUUUCCUUGGUUUCUUUAUGUAUUUAUAUAGGUUGAGAUUUCAAGUCUCUUGGAGUGAGUAACUGAGAAUUGAAGACUCUUUCUGGGUUUUGUUGGGUUUUAUUUGGGAGGAAAAACACAUCAUUUUUUGUUCUUUUCAAUCUCUAGAUUUUUAAAUUUAUGGUUUCUCGCAUUGGAAUUUGAAGAAUCUUUCCGGGUUCUGUUUCAGAGAAACAGAUCAUCUUUCUGUUUUUUUCAUGUUCAAGACAUUUAGUUUCAAGUUACUUGCACUGAGACUUGAAGAAUCUUUUUGUGUUAUAAGUCGAUUGUUUUGGGGAUAAAAAUCCUAUAAAUUUUAAUCUUCUUACAUAAAAAUUGAGGCUCCUUAAAUUGAAACUUGAAAAGGAUUUAUCGGGUUUUGGUGGGUUUUUUGUGAGAUUCAAUGGAUACUGCUAAUCUUUAUAGAGUUGGGAGUUUGCAUAGAAUUGGCUCUUCAUGGAGGAACACAACUGCCGAAGAUGUCUUCUCAAGAUCAUCUCAUGACGAAGACGAUGAAGAAGCACUAAAAUGGGCUGCUCUCGAGAAGCUGCCGACUUACGACCGGAUCAGGAAAGGGAUACUGAGUGAAGUCGCCGGGGAACUAAAGGAGGUUGAUGUUAAGGAUCUUGGGUUACAAGAGAGAAAGAAUUUGUUGGAGAGACUGAUUAGAGUUACUGAGGAAGACAAUGAGAAGUUCCUGUUGAAGCUCAAAAACCGAAUUGAACGAGUUGGAAUCGAGGUUCCCACAGUCGAAGUCCGAUUCAAGAAUUUGAAUAUCGAAGCGGAAGCCUAUCUUGGUAGCAGAGCUUUACCAACAAUAGUCAACUUCAUCUUUAAUAUUAUUGAGGGGUUCUUGAGUACUCUUCGUAUUCUUCCCAGUAGGAAGAAACCUGUAUCGAUCCUCCGUGAUGUUAGUGGAAUCAUCAAGCCUUACAGAAUGACUUUGCUUUUAGGACCUCCAGGAUCUGGGAAAACAACUUUGUUAUUGGCUUUAGCAGGAAAGCUUGAUUCAGAAAUAAAGGUAUCCGGCACAGUAACAUAUAAUGGCCAUGGAAUGGAGGAGUUUGUCCCUCAGAGAACUUCUGCUUAUAUCAGCCAGCAUGAUCUUCACAUUGGAGAAAUGACAGUGAGAGAAACCUUGGCUUUCUCCGCACGAUGCCAAGGAGCCGGAACAAAUUAUGAAAUGCUGAUGGAGCUGUCAAGAAGGGAGAAAGAAGCAAACAUUAGGCCAGAUCCUGAUAUUGAUGUCUACAUGAAGGCUGCAUCACUGGAAGGGCAGAAGGAAAGUGUGGUCACAGACUAUAUUCUGAAGAUCUUAGGACUCGAUGUCUGUGCUGAUACCAUGGUGGGGGAUCAAAUGCUGAGGGGCAUCUCAGGAGGACAAAAGAAGCGUGUUACAACAGGCGAGAUGCUUGUGGGACCUGCAAAAACACUGUUCAUGGACGAGAUAUCCACGGGUCUGGACAGCGCCACAACUUUCCAGAUUGUCAAUUCCCUGAGACAGUCCAUUCACAUCCUUGGCGGGAGUGCGCUGAUUGCGCUGCUUCAGCCAGCACCAGAAACAUACAACCUCUUCGAUGACAUAAUUCUUCUCUCCGACGGGCAGAUUGUGUAUCAGGGUCCUCGAGAACACGUGCUCGAGUUCUUCGAAUCCAUGGGGUUCAAAUGCCCCGAGAGGAAAGGUGUUGCUGAUUUCUUGCAGGAAGUAACUUCAAUAAAAGAUCAGCAGCAAUACUGGGCAAAUAAAGAUGAGCCUUACACAUACAUUUCCAUCAAGGAAUUUGCGGACGCAUUCCAAUCAUUCCAUGUUGGUCGUAAAUUAGAAGAUGAACUUACCAUCCCAUUUGACAAGAGCAAGAGCCAUCCUGCUGCUUUAACAACUUCCAAAUAUGGCAUUAGCAAGAUGGGAUUGCUUAAAGCAUGCGUCGCAAGGGAAUGGUUGCUGAUGAAGCGAAACUCAUUUGUCUACAUCUUCAAAAUGAUGAAACUUGUAGUUAUCGCGCUCAUCGCAAUGACAGUUUUCCUGCGUACCGAGAUGCACCGUGAUUCAUUUGAUGAAGGGACUAUUUUUAUGGGCAGUCUAUUUUUUGCACUUGUGACGCUACUGUUUAAUGGGUUCUCAGAGAUUGCCAUGACCAUCGGAAAGCUUCCUGUUUUCUACAAGCAAAGAGACCUCCUCUUUUAUCCUUCAUGGGCAUACUCACUGCCUACAUGGAUCAUCAAGAUUCCCAUAUCAUUUGUGGAAGUUGCUAUCUGGGUUGCCAUGACUUAUUACGUCAUUGGCUAUGAUCCAAAUGUUCAAAGGAUGUUUAGACAGUACGCAAUACUUGUAUUGAUUAGCCAGAUGGCAUCUGGACUAUUCCGACUCAUGGCUGGACUGGGUCGAAACAUGAUUAUUGGAAAUCCAGUUUCAAGCUUUGCAAUUUUUACAAUUAUGAAUCUUGGAGGAUUCGUCGUGUCACGAGAGGAUGUGAAGAAAUGGUGGAUCUGGGGCUACUGGAUCUCUCCCAUGAUGUACGCACAGAAUGCAAUUGCUACAAAUGAAUUUCUUGGGAAAAGUUGGAGCCACACCAUUUCUAAUUCGACAGAGACGUUGGGCGUCCAAAUCCUGAGGGCUCGGGCAAUCUUUACUGAAUCAAACUGGUAUUGGAUCGGCUUUGGUGCAUUGAUUGGUCAUGUAGUCCUCUUCAACAUCUUCUUUACUGCCGCUCUUGCUUAUCUCAACCCAUUUAAGAGUAGUCAAGCAGUUCUAUCGGAAGAGGCCUUGAUGGAGAAGCAUGCCAACAGAACCGGAGAAGUUGAAGGUCUCGAGCUUUCAUCUCGAGGGAAAGCCUCCACCUCACAUUCAAAAUCUAAGGUUGAUGCAUCUGGGUCUGCUCAGACGGAAGCCAGAGAUGAUGCUCAUAAGAAGAAGAAGGGCAUGGUUCUUCCAUUCACACCUCUAUCCCUCACCUUCGACAAUGUCAGAUACUGUGUAGACAUGCCACAGGAAAUGAAAGCUAAAGGUGUUGAGGGAGAUCAAUUAGUACUUCUUAAGGGUGUAAGUGGAGCUUUCAGGCCUGGAGUUCUUACAGCACUGAUGGGUGUCAGCGGUGCUGGUAAGACGACCCUGAUGGACGUCUUAGCCGGGAGGAAAACUGGUGGAUAUAUAGAAGGAAACAUCACCAUUUCUGGUUAUCCCAAGAAGCAAGCGACAUUCGCUCGCUUAUCAGGAUACUGUGAACAGAACGAUAUCCACUCUCCUCAUGUCACUGUCUACGAAUCUCUCCUUUAUUCGGCCUGGCUUCGGUUACCUGAUGAAGUAGACUCCACCACACGAAAGAUGUUCAUCGAGGAGGUCAUGGAGCUUGUAGAGCUGACAUCGCUGAGGGAAGCGCUUGUCGGGUUACCGGGUGUGAGUGGGCUGUCAACUGAGCAGAGAAAGAGGCUGACCAUUGCUGUUGAGCUCGUCGCCAACCCCUCUAUAAUAUUCAUGGAUGAGCCUACUUCCGGAUUGGAUGCCCGAGCUGCAGCAAUUGUAAUGAGGACAGUGAGGAACACUGUGGACACUGGAAGAACUGUGGUGUGCACAAUUCACCAGCCCAGCAUUGACAUAUUCGAAGCAUUUGAUGAGCUCUUCCUUAUGAAACGAGGCGGAGAAGAAAUAUAUGUUGGUCCAUUGGGCCACCAUUCUUCCCAGCUGGUCAAGUACUUUGAGUCGAUCGAUGGUAUAAGUAAGAUAAGAGAUGGUUAUAAUCCUGCCACAUGGAUGUUGGAGGUGUCUUCCAUCACACAAGAAAAUAUUCUGGGUGUCAACUUCGCUGAGAUAUACAGAAACUCCGAUCUUUUCCAGAGAAACAAGGCCUUGAUUAAAGAACUGAGUUCCCCUCCUCCCGGAUCAAAAGAUCUCUACUUCCCAACUCAAUAUGCACAGCCCUUCGUCACACAGUGCAUGGCUUCCCUAUGGAAGCAGCAAAUGUCAUACUGGCGCAAUCCUUCAUACACUGCCGUGCGGCUUCUCCUUACAACCUUCAUAGCUUUGAUGUUUGGGACGAUAUUUUGGGACCUCGGCUCCAAAACGAGUAGGCGACAGGAUCUUUUCAAUGCCAUGGGUUCCAUGUAUGCCGCGGUUCUGUUCAUGGGAGUACAGAAUGCACAAUCUGUGCAACCAGUCGUCGCUGUCGAACGAACAGUUUUCUACAGAGAGAGGGCUGCAGGAAUGUAUUCAGCUUUACCAUUUGCAUUUGCACAAGUUGCAAUUGAAAUCCCAUACGUCUUUGUUCAAACUCUCUUAUACGCAGUCAUCGUCUAUGUCAUGAUCGCAUUCGAUUGGACAGUUGCCAAGUUCUUCUGGUAUCUGUUUUUCAUGUACUUCACAUUGCUCUACUUCACAUUCUACGGGAUGAUGGCAGUCAGCAUGACCCCCAAUCACGACAUUGCUGCAAUAGUCUCAUCAGCAUGCUACGCACUAUGGAAUCUCUUUGCUGGCUACCUUAUUCCCCGACCUAGAAUUCCAGUGUGGUGGAGAUGGUAUUAUUGGGCAUGUCCCUUCGCUUGGACCUUGUAUGGAUUGGUUGCGUCACAGUUUGGCGACAUAGAUACUCCCAUGUUGGACACUGGCAAGUCCGUCUCGGAUUUCAUCAGGAACUAUUUUGGAUUCAAGCAUGACUUCUUGGGAGUUGUUGCUGCUGGGGUAAUCGGGUUCGCUGUACUCUUUGCAUCCAUCUUCGCCUGGUCGAUUAAGGUGUUGAACUUCCAAAGAAGAUGAGAAUACCUUUUCACAAGGCAAGGGGUCUUUUCUCUUUGAAGAAAUGAUGAAGCUGCAUCAGAAUGUGUAUUUUUCUGUUUGAAUGUUGAGUUGUUGUUUAUGUAUGAACCGUGGUUGUAUUAUGUUUCUUUUGUACCUUUUCUUCUUUUUUUUUUCUUUUUUCUUUUUUUCAUAAAGUUGAAUCGUAGAUGUGUUGUAGGCUGCUUUAACUGCAUCUACAACAGUUGGACUUGAUUCAAACAAGCAUACAUAUUCUUUCC